AUGAGGUUCAUCAUAGUCAUCUUACUUACUUUGGCUAAAUUGUCGCAUUCUGAAACCACUUACCUUUACUGUGGGACUAUUAAAUGCAGAUACGAUCAGCAUAUUGAAAAUGUUCACAGUGAGAUUAAUGUUGCUGACACUGGAAACAGUAAAAGCAUAAAUGAACAAAAUUAUUUAUCUACUUAUGCUGUUGUGAAGCCACCAAGGUUUUCAAAAACUGAUUUCUGUAUCAGUUAUAUAUCAUCAUAUGUCAUGAGUCAGACAGAUUUUGAUAAAAUGCUUGAUUGCACGAUCAUUGAUUUGAGUGGAAAUCGAAUUGAGAAAAUAGAAUCACAAUAUUUUGAAAAUUUGCAUCUAUUGCAAUCACUCAUUCUGGACAAUAAUCAGCUAAAAAUGUUCCCAGCUCAUGUAUUUUACAACCUUGUCAAUUUAAGAAGAAUAACUGUCAGAUACAAUUUGUUGGAAGUGUUAGAAGGCGAUUUAUUUUUGAUGAACGAGAUCCUGGAACAUAUCGACCUUUCUAAUAACAAAAUAAUUAAAGUUUCACCCAACAUUAUUGACAACCUGCCACAUUUAAGAUUCAUAUCGUUCAAUGGAAAUAUUUGUGUUGACUCCAAUUAUCCUGAAAUAUCUAAAGAUGACUUGAAAGCAAUGCUAACAUCAAAUUGUGGAGAAAAAAAUUUAUUUACAUUCAUUGUUGGGCUGAUGAAAAUUUCUUCAAAACUGCAAGGCCAAUUCUGUAAUAGUAGCGAGCUAAAAGACAAUGGUACUAAUCAUAACUCGAAUCAUUCGCAAAGUGAAAAUGAUUAUAUCCUAACUUCACCAAAUGAUGAAACUAAAAAGAAUGAUAACGACUUGGACACUCUUAUGAUUGGUCUUUUCUGGCUUAUUAUCCCAAUUAUCUUUAUUUUAUUCAUUAUCUUAGCAUUGAUUUCAUAUGCAAUCUAUAAAAAGUAUUUUGUGUAUUCUCUCAAUGCAUCUAGAAGAGCUUAA